AAUACCUUGUAUGUACAGUAGUACUUAAGAAAAUCAAUUAAAUUAGAUUGUAUCACUGGUAUCAAGAAUGUUACAUAAUUCUUACUAUUUCAGAAAUGUAACCCCUGUUACAGUUAUUACGGUAUGUAGCAUGGGAUUGCUGCUGAGAGCUGCAUGUGUGCUUCUUUUCAGGAGGAGAGCUCUUACAACCAUGGCUCAGCACAAAUUCAUUGAUAUUGGUGUGAACCUGACAGAUCCCAUGUUCAGAGGACUCUACAGAGGGAAGCAGAAACAUGACGAUGACUUCAAUCAGAUCAUUGACAGAGCGGUCACAACCGGAGUCAAAAAGUUUAUGAUCACAGGAGGAAACCUUGAAGACAGCAAGGAGGCCCUGAAACUAGCGGAGACCAGAGAUGAGUUCUGCUGCACGGUGGGCUGCCAUCCCACCCGCUGCUCUGAGUUUGAGCAGAACGGAGAGUUGGAAUACUUCUCAGGGCUGAGGGAGCUGGCCUCACACAGAGGGAAGGUGGUGGCCAUCGGAGAGUGUGGACUAGGUGUGAGCUGCUGACAAUUUGACAGGUUGGAGUUUUGCCCAAAAGAGACUCAACUAAAAUACUUUGAGAAGCAGUUUGAGCUGGCAGAGGAGAGCAGGCUGCCCAUGUUCCUGCACUGCAGAAACUCCCACCAGGAGUUCAUCGAAAUCAUGAAGAAGAAUCGGGACAGAUGUGUUGGAGGAGUGGUCCACUCAUUUGACGGGACAGCAGAGGACGCUGCUGCCCUCAUCGACCUGGACCUCUACAUUGGAAUAAAUGGAUGUUCCUUGAAAACAGAGGCCAAUAUUGAAGCCAUGAAGUCUAUCCCCACUGAGAGACUCAUGAUAGAAACAGAUGCUCCAUGGUGCGGCGUAAAGAACACUCAUGCAGGCUCCAAACACGUAAAAACUACAUUUCCCACAAAGAAGAAAUGGGAGGCAGGACACUGUCUGAAGGACAGGAAUGAGCCCUGUCACAUCAUACAAGUGCUGGAGGUGAUGGCAGCAGCGAGGGAGGAGGACCCUUUGGAGCUGUCCAACACCAUCUACAACAACACCAUCAGAGUGUUCUUCAGCUCCAGCUGAGGAUGGAGCAGGAGACACAUUCAGGAGACGGACUACUGUGUGUGUGUGUGUGUGUGCGCGUGUGUGGUUGUGUGUGAUGUGUGUGUGUGUGUGUGUGUGUGUGUGUGUGUGUGUGGGGUGUGUGU